UUCAAGCUGCUUAAGCGAUCACUUCAAAUUAAUUAUUUUUGUGUAGAUUAAAGCUGUCACUUGAUCAAUAUUUGCGUAGCUGAUUAAGUCGAGUGCAAAAAAUUUCAGUGCAACAACUUUCAACAGAUUCGAGCGAUUAAUAGCUUAAAAAUUAGCAGAACAAUGAGCCAAGGAACUAAUUAUUCCAGCACCCCAAAGUCUAUCCAACCCCUCAACGACCCAAUAUUCUCCCGCAAAGACAUCUUUCCAGAUCUUCAUCUACUCGAUGGACCCCUACAGCCUUACCGCUUCAGCUCAUCAUUCGAUUGGAGGAAAAUGAAGCUUGUUGUCGACACUGCAGAAGCUUGGGAUGUAAAAUUCAGAGUUUGGAACUUCAUGGAAAGACAUCCAUUAUUUAAAAGAUACCACGAGACACUUCCAAUUGAUGAGCAACGACGAUUGUCAUCAAAGCAGGUGUUUACACUUUACAAUGAGAAGCUUUAUGGCAUGCAAGAAUAUUUUGAAAAACCUGAAUUGAGCACUAAAUACAGCACAGCAAUUGGAUCUUUUGAACCGAGCAUAUCUGUGAAAUAUGGAAUUGGAUUUGGAAUGUUUCCGAGUGUCUUGAGAAGCAAUGGAACUGAAAGAGUUGAAGACUUGAUAAUUGAUAAUACAGAGAUGAAGAACUUUGGAUGUUUUGCUUUGACUGAAAUUGGACAUGGCAGCAACACUCAAUCCAUGAAAACAACAGCAACUUAUGAGCCAUCAUCGAAGUCUUUCGUCUUAAACACACCAAAUUUUGAGGCUGCAAAGUGCUGGGUGGGUAACUUAGGAAAGACAGCAACUCAUGCAGUGGUUUAUGCUCAACUUUACACUCCAGACGGUAAAUGUCAUGGACUGAACUCAUUUGUGGUUCCAGUCAGAGAUCCUAAUAAUAUGCUGGUCUAUCCUGGCGUUGUUAUUGGUGACUUGGGUGAGAAAGUGUCGCUAAAUGGAAUCGACAACGGAUUUGUGAUGUUCAACAACUACAAGAUUCCAAAGGAUUAUCUUCUGUCCAAGACUGGCGAUGUCGAUGAUGCUGGAAACUUUGUGACUCAAUUUAAGGACCCAAAGAAACGAAUGGGAAUAUCAUUUGCAGCCCUGUCAGGAGGCAGAGUUGGAAUCUGUGAAAUCGCAACUAAUUAUGGAGUCAUGGCAAUAACAAUUGCAAUCCGAUAUUCAGCAAGUCGUAAACAGUUCGGACCUGAAAAUAGUGAUGUUGAAUAUCCAGUUUUGGAAUAUCAGUCACAACAAUAUCGAAUCAUUCCACAUCUUGCAACAGUUUAUGCCUUAAAAUUCUUCUCGAACUGGAUUGGACGUGAAUAUUUUGACAUCAUGAAGAAGACUCUUGUAGGCGAAAAAGUCAGUCCUGAAACUGGAAUGGAAAUUCAUGCAAUUUCAUCAAGUGGAAAGCCUGUUUGUGGCUGGAUGGUCCGUGACUUGAUUCAAGAUUGUCGUGAGGCAUGUGGUGGACAUGGAUACUUGAAAUGUGCACAAUUAGGUGACUUAAGGAACAACAAUGAUCCAAAUACAACUUAUGAAGGUGAGAACAAUGUACUGAUUCAGCAGGCAUCAAACUUCUUGCUUGCUGUGCGUUCUAAAGGCUGGAAAUCAUUUGAAAAUGCAUCGCCACUUGGAACUGCUGCAUUUCUUAAAGACGGUGACAAAAUAUUGAGUAUGAAGUGGAAUUGGACUAAAGUUGGAUGUGCAAUGAAGCCAGAACAUUUGCUUGCAACUUUCAAUUGGAUCUGUGCCUACAUGCUUGAAAAAACAUUCAAUCGAGUCAAAAGUCUUCAAGAAUCUGGUCAGUCAAGCUUUGAUGUCCGCAACAAUUCACAAACAUUCCAUGCUAAUACUCUAGCUAUUGCUUACGGACAGCGUCAAGUCAUUGCUGCAUUUCUAGAGGAAAUCCAAAAAUUAUCACCUGAUGCAGCAGAACGAGAAGUUCUCACAAAACUUUUGUCACUUUUUGCUGCCAACUUAAUAUCCACAAAAUACAUCGGUUUGCUCUACGAAGGUGGAUUUGUGGCUUCAAAUGGACCAAAUGUCAAUGACUUGCUACAAACUGGAAUUCUUGGAUUAUUGACUAGCUUAAAAAAUGAUGCAGUUUCUCUUGUUGAUUCCAUUGCACCUCCAGAUUUCAUCCUUAACUCACCACUUGGUAUGAGCGAUGGAAAUGUCUAUAAACAUCUUGAAUCAUUCAUGUACCAAACACCAGACACAUUUACACGUGCAUCUUGGUGGAAGGAUUGUGUCUAUAAAGAUUUCUUGACAUCUAAGUUACUUAUUAUCUCAAACUUCAUCCUGUGUGACCUCUCGCGGUCAUCAAAUGUCGACUGUGAUUACAAUUUUGUUAAUUAUGCUGGUUUAAAUUCAGUUUAUACAUGCAUAGUUAGGAAAAAUCUCAACAUUAUAUCCAAAGAUGGAACAUUAAUUGAAUCUGCGACUGGAUAUCAUAGAGGUUCCAGUUCCAACAUUGACGUGUUUGCUUUUGAAGCUGAAAAUAAAAAAAUUGAAUAUUUUCCAAAAGGAUUGGAGAAAAUCUUUCAGAAUCUUAAAGGAAUUUACAUCCAAAAUGGAAGAUUAAAGGAAAUCCAACAGUCAGAUUUUCGAGGAUAUUCAGAGCUUUUGUACCUUGAAUUAAAUAACAAUGACAUUGAGGUGCUGGAAGAUGGAGUUUUUGACUUUAUUCCAAGUAUUGCAACUAUUUGGCUUCCUGGCAAUAAAAUUAUUCAUGUCGGUGAAAAUGUUUUUACAAAUUUAAAUAAAUUAAGCUAUUUUGGAAUUAUCAAAAAUACGUGCAUAAAUUAUCAGACCAACGACUUCCAGACACAAAGCUUUAUGGCAAUGAAUAAUCUUAAAGAAAAUUGUUUUGACCAAAACUUCUCAAAAUUAUCCACAAAACUCAAAAACAUCGAAGAAGAUGCAAAAAAUUUAAGAAGCGACAAUUUUUACAUUUUUAGUCAAAGUCUCGAAAAGUUGGAAAAAGAACUUAAAACCUCAAAAUUUUCGUACCUAACAAGCUUCAAGGAACGAUUCCAUAUCCUCAAAUUCGUCACUCCAGAGACUGCUGCUUCACAAAGUUCAUGUUUAACCUCAAAAUUUGAAGAUCUUGAAGCAAGCUUAAAAGUUGCAAUUAUAAAAACUUUGGACGAAAACCUUCAAAAGUUUCAAAUUGGCUCAUGUCAAGUAAUUGAUGAAAGAAUCAGAAACGACAAUUUAGAUUUGGAUAAAAGUUUUAAUGACUUGAUGACUAAAAUGAGAGAAACUGAUACAAAUGUGAACAGCAAAUUUGAGGAAUUGGUCAAUUUUCCAACUGCCAUAUCCAAAAGAAUCGGCAAAUUUGAGUGCGACCAAAUGCACUUUGCUAAGAGUGAAUUACACAGCAUGAAGCAAGUCAAUGUGGCUGAAAACAUAAAAUUCAAAAAACUUGAAGAAAGAAUUGGUAAAAUUGAGGAAAAUAUUGAAAAAAUAAUGCAAGCUUUGAAUGUUACGAACUAGGAUCCGUAAAAGAAUCUUUAUGUGCUCUAAGAUUUAGACUGCUAAGGACACCUGCGCAUUGAAAUCUUUUAAAUUCAAAAAAUAAAUAAAGUGGUAAACUUUAUAUUAAGUUUUAAUUCCUGCCAGCACUUUACAGCUUCAAGUUUUUGUGCGUUCAGGACGAAAUACUUUGAUGAUGGCUCAUUAGUUGCUGUAGUCUUCAUGGAUU